AUGGGUAGAAGAAAAAUUGAAAUUGAACCUAUCAAAGAUGAUAGAAAUCGUACAGUUACUUUCAUAAAGCGAAAAGCAGGACUAUUUAAAAAGGCUCAUGAAUUGUCAGUACUUUGCCAAGUAGACAUUGCUGUCAUUAUUUUAGGAUCCAAUAAUACAUUCUACGAAUACUCUUCUGUUGAUAUGAGUAACCUGCUUAAUGUUCAUCAAAACAACACUGAUCUUCCUCAUAAUAUCAUAGAACCAUCUGAUUAUGGUGACUAUGUGAAAAAACCACGUGUUGUUCUGAAUGAAAGGAAGCGCAGGCGAAGAAGAGCAACCGUGUUGCAACCAGCUUCCCAUUCUGGGAGUUGUACAGUUUCGAGUCAAGAUUCCUCCAGUGUACAAAACAAUGGGAAUUUAAGCGCUCCGUUGGCGUCAAAUGACGCCGGGAACGCUGGUGUAAGUACACCAUUGGUGCAUUGCCACGGAGCAAUAUCACGUAGCGGAUCCAAUCAUUCUGACUGUGCAAGAAAUAGUGCAGAUUAUCAAAUGUUGCAAGGCGGUUUAAAUUCUGGUGGGAGUUUUCAUGCUAAUGAUUAUAAAGAAAGCGUAGACCAACAGCAUGUUGCAAACGAGGCUAUUCAUAGGAAUUUUAUGAACAAGAGGAUUAGGCCGGAUACUCAUUUACUACUUUCUGAAUCUAACCACUCUAAUUAUCAUAAUUUUUACCCGUCGCCUUACGAGAAUUUGCCAAAGCCUUCAUUGCCUGCAAGUUUAGUGGGCAAUAUUCCAUCCUUUCAAUCGCAAUUUGUACAGGUUAUUCCGGCAAAUAGUAACCCAAUGGGAAAAGGAUUUAAUGGGACGGGUGACAGCGAGAGCUUUGAAGCAAAGCAAAAGAUACACCCGACAGUUGCUAUAUCAAAUACUUUGGAAGGUCCAGCUCCAGUGCAGGCGAUGGUCCAUCACCUGCACCAACUGAACAGCAAUAGAGGAAAGCUCUCAGGGAAGCCAUAUUUAAAGCUAAAUAUUCCGAAGGCCACAAAUGACGCUUGCCAGAGGUCGCCAGCAAUGUAUUCAGGAACCGCAUCACCGAAAACGGAUGUACAAGCCACUCCCAAUCAAAUGCUCGCCAGCAACAUGUCCUCCCCUCUUUCUCGUUCAAAGUUUUUGGGAUUCAAGAACAAUGAUAUGGACGACUUAUAUCAUAAUGGCCGAUGUGGCAGCACUUAUGUAAAUAACAAAACAUUCUUUCUGAAACCGCCAAUUGGAAGACCGCCUAAAUUUCCGAAAAGCCCGUCUUCAUCUAUUGUGGUUUUUCCUUCCUCGGUAGCUAGUUCAACUUUGAAAUCCACGAGUUCGACAAACUCUCCAGAUUAA